AUGAAUACCUCAGCGCCACCUGCCGUCAGCCCCAACAUCACUGUCCUGGCACCGGGAAAGGGUCCCUGGCAAGUGGCCUUCAUCGGGAUCACCACGGGCCUCCUGUCACUGGCCACGGUGACAGGCAACCUGCUGGUGCUCAUCUCUUUCAAGGUCAACACGGAGCUCAAGACGGUCAACAACUACUUCCUGCUGAGCCUGGCCUGUGCUGACCUCAUCAUCGGUACCUUCUCCAUGAACCUCUACACCACGUAUCUGCUCAUGGGCCACUGGGCUCUGGGCACGCUGGCCUGCGACCUCUGGCUGGCCCUGGACUAUGUGGCCAGCAACGCCUCGGUCAUGAACCUGCUGCUCAUCAGCUUCGACCGCUACUUCUCGGUGACCCGGCCCCUGAGCUACCGCGCCAAGCGCACACCCCGCCGGGCAGCCCUGAUGAUCGGCCUGGCUUGGCUGGUCUCGUUCGUGCUCUGGGCCCCGGCCAUCCUCUUCUGGCAGUACCUGGUAGGGGAGCGGACGGUGCUGGCCGGGCAGUGCUACAUCCAGUUCCUCUCGCAGCCCAUCAUCACCUUUGGCACGGCCAUGGCUGCCUUCUACCUCCCCGUCACGGUCAUGUGCACCCUCUACUGGCGCAUCUACCGGGAGACAGAGAACCGGGCCCGGGAGCUGGCGGCCCUGCAGGGCUCGGAGACGCCGGGGAAGGGGGGCGGCAGCAGCAGCAGCUCAGAGCGGUCCCAGCCGGGGGCCGAAGGCUCCCCAGAGACCCCUCCAGGGCGCUGCUGCCGCUGCUGCCGGACCCCCCGGCUGCUCCAGGCCUACAGCUGGAAGGAGGAAGAGGAGGAGGAUGAAGGCUCCAUGGAGUCCCUCACCUCCUCGGAGGGUGAGGAGCCUGGCUCCGAGGUGGUGAUCAAGAUGCCCAUGGUGGACCCCGAGGCGCAGGCCCCUGCCAAGCAGCCGCCCCGGAGCUCCCCAAAUACGGUCAAGAGGCCGACCCGGAAGGGGCGCGAGCGGGCAGGCAAGGGCCAGAAGCCCCGUGGGAAGGAGCAGCUAGCCAAGCGGAAGACCUUCUCGCUGGUCAAGGAGAAGAAGGCGGCUCGGACCCUGAGCGCCAUCCUGCUGGCCUUCAUCCUCACCUGGACGCCGUACAACAUCAUGGUGCUGGUGUCCACCUUCUGCAAGGACUGUGUCCCCGAGACCCUGUGGGAGCUGGGCUACUGGCUGUGCUAUGUCAACAGCACCAUCAACCCCAUGUGCUACGCGCUCUGCAACAAAGCCUUCCGGGACACCUUCCGCCUGCUGCUGCUCUGCCGCUGGGACAAGCGUCGCUGGCGCAAGAUCCCCAAGCGCCCCGGCUCUGUGCACCGCACCCCCUCCCGCCAGUGCUGA